AAAAGUGAUCAGUGUCUUUAGUGACACCAGAGUCUUUAAACAAUAAUAAAUAGACUCUUACAGGUUAAUUCUUCCCACGGGCAGUUAAAAUCCAGUAUGUCUCAGACGAGUGUGUGUGUGUGUGUGUGUGUGUGUGUAUCACUCCCUCAUUAAGUGGCAUUAUAUAGUUAUUAUGUAAGGACGACUGUUGUAAUGUUGUGUGUGAAACCUGAUGUUACAGCCAACUAACGAGGCUGAUUGUAAAAUAAGUUGGUCUCUUUAUUACAUAAUUCAUUAACAAAAUGAGACACACACACACAGAUUAUUUCAACACUCAUCAUAUGAUCUUAAUCAGAUUGAUUCUCCUUAAUACCACUUAAUGAAGCAAUGAACAAUGACAUGUUUCAACAUGUUGAAAUCAUGAAGACGAAUAAAUGUCUGAAAUCCUAAAAUUGUCACAAAGUGGGCGCUUUAUUUUGAGACGUUAUUGGUUUAAAAAAAACAAAUCCUUUUUUAUUUUGAAAAAGGAACUGAUGUGGUUGUUUUUGUUGUUUUCCAGGGGCCACCAAAGAGAUCGGCUCAGCGCUGACCAGGAUGUGUAUGAGACACCGCAGCAUCGAGUCCAAACUCAAGCUGUUCACCACAGCUCUCUCAGAAGGCCUCGUCACUCCGCUGGAGCUGAAGAUGGAGGAGUGGAAGAAAGUGGCAAGUCAGCUGGACAAGGACCACGCUAAAGAGUACAAGAAGGCCCGAGCGGACAUCAAGAAGAAAUCGUCGGAUACCAUCAAACUGCAGAAAAAGAUGAAGAAAGGGAAGGACGAGGUGCGCGGCCAGCUGGACAGCGCGCUGCAGGACGUCAACGUGCGCUACGCCGUCCUGGAGGAGACGGAGAAGAGGGCCGUGUGCAGAGCGCUGAUAGAGGAAAGGGCGCGCUACUGCAGCUUCGUCAGCAUGCUGAAGCCCGUACUGGACCAUGAGAUCAACAUGCUGGGUGAGGUGACUCACCUGCAGACCAUUCUGGAAGAUCUGACCAACCUGACAGCUGAGCCCAAUAAACUCCCACCAGCCAGCGAGCAGGUGAUUUUGGACCUGAAGGGUUCUGAUUUCAACUACAGCUAUCAGACUCCUCCAGCUUCUCCCAGUAACACUCUGUCUAGGAAGAGCAGCAUCAGCAGUAUGUAUCAGUCUGGAUCAGUGAGACAUGUUCCCUCCUUGGACUCCAUCAGCAGUGCUGUCGAUGGAGUACACAUCCAGGAAGUCGUUGGCUCCUGCACUCAGCUGGCUGCUGGGGGGCGCGGGGGGGCAGAGAACGGCCUGUUGGGCCCCCCCCACCACGGAGAGAGAGCUCGAGCCAUGUCUGCGUCUGGGAAGUCUUGCUCGGCCCGGGAUCAGCUGGCGUUGACGUUGGGUGCGUUGAAUUCGGACGCCCCGAGGAGCAGCAGGGACUCUCUGCACUGUUCCAGUGGAUACAGCACCCAGACCACCACCCCGUCCUGCUCUGAGGACACCAUACACACACACACUGUAAGGAGAGAGCCUCCCCUCUAUGUCGACUACGAGUCCAUCUCCCUCCACGGAGACGCCGACUCCUUCUCCCUGCACCACGUCUCUCACGGCGGCGGCCAGUCGGACUUCGACAAGUCCUCCACCAUCCCGAGGAACUCCGACCUCAGCUUCCAGUACAGGAAGUUCGCCCAGUCCAAGCGGCCCUCCUCCACCGUCAGCCUGCUGGCCGAGCCCGAGUUCUCCGGCAGGUCGGCCUACCAGCCGCCGUCGCACACGGCGACCAUCCGGCGUAAGCCGUCGUCCAAGCCGGCGUACCGCAGGGGCACGAUCAGCGGGGGGGUUCCCAUCCCCAUCUGCACGCCGCAGGUUCCCCUCAAAGCGCUCGCGGGAAACGGCGGCAGCGACGAGAACGUGUUCGCGGUGCCGGCCGCCGUAGGAGUCGGAGGUUUAGGUCACAGUAAACUGUGCACCUCCACGCAGAGCCUCAGCGCUCUGCCUCCCUCCUCUUCACCGUACUACCAGCUGGUCCCGGGUCAGAUGCCCAUCCCGGUGCCUGUGCCCACCGUGCCCACUCUGCCGCCAGAGGGCGGCAACGCCAAGCAGCAACAGCAGAGACAGUACCACCAACAACAACAGCAGCAACUACAGCAACAGCAGCACAUCAACCAACAUCUUAAUCAUCAUCAGCAACGCAAUCAGCUGCAGCAGCACAACCAGCAACUCCAGAUUCAGCAGCAAUACCAGCAGCAGCAGCAACUGCAUCUGCAGCAACAGUUGCAACAUCAACAGUCGCUGCUUCAGCUGCAACACCAACAAGAGCAGCUGAACCAGCAGCAGAAACAGAGGCUGUACCAGCAGCAGCAGCAGCAGCAGCAGCAGGCCCAGCUCCAGGCCUCCGCGCCCCAGGCAGAGCCCUCCGGUCUGGGCCACAGCGCUCACUACCAGCCCCAGGCUCCUCCGCCCUCUGACCAGGACCAGGACCAGUACCCGGAGCCGCCGCCCCAGGAAGGUGGGGGGGACAUGCUGAACCAGAUCAGAGCGGUGAGGCUCAAAAGGACCCUCACCAACGAUCGCUCCGCCCCUCUCCUGCCGGCUCCAGCCAAUCACAAAUGAGGCCGCUGUGGUCGUCAGCACAGACUUCCUGUUAAACACGAACUGUGGAGCUCAAUCAUCGCUGGAACUCCACGUGUCUUAUUUUAUUUUCUAAAGAUCUGCUUCCUUUUUAGGCCGUUUAGUUUGUUUUUAAUCAUUUUUUUGAGACUUUGUCGUCAUUUCAUUUUCCUUUUGCCUUUUUCUUUUGGUUCAUAUUUUCAUUACGUUUGUUUGUGUGACGCAGUCUUACCGAUAGAGCUGUCGAUCGUUUGGAGGCUUCUUAACGAGCCGGACAGGAAGCUGUUAGUGUCUCGCGUCCUCUUUUUCGGUCCCGGGUGUGUUUGAUUUUGCUUUUUUGCCUCGACUCCCAGGAGGGUGGCGUUUAGUCAUUAGUCCUGUAGCUCCGCUGUGUCACGUGGUUGAACCAUGGUGUGUGUGUGUGUGUGUGUGUGUGGGUGGGGUCAUCGUUGGUUUGGUCAUCUCUGGAGUAAAACUGUCUGUAGUUUGUAAAUAUGUUGGAACAGAAACAGCGGUGAAAGCACCUGAGAGGUUGCUCACUUCCUGUGCCCCGUACGGACGUUUGAACUGAAGACGAGUCACAUCUUCACCUUCGGGUGGCAGCAGUCACUUUUAGAGGCAACUUUGUUGUUUAAGACAUGAUUACUGAGAGCAUAGCGGGCUAUGAGAAGCAGCUGGUGACGUCCAGAUGUGUGACGGUUAUUAUCGGUAACAUCGGACACGACGACAUGUUGGAAGACAUAGAGGAACUCUCUGAUACCACAGAACUAUAGAUAUUGAUAUUUGCUUUAAAGCACAAACAUUUAUUUUAAUAAAGAAACUUUAAUCUUAGAAUUGUGAUCGAGAGUUAUUGGACAAACUGUACAAGAGCCACUGAUGCAUCGGUACGAACACGUUAAGAUGACAAUAAAUAACCAGAGCCGUUGGUACAGAAUGUUUAAAUUAAUUUCAGGGAGCCGACGUGUCUCUUGAAUUUGAUUUUAAGGCUUCAACUAUCGAUCAUUUUCACUAUUGAUUCAUAUUUUAGAAGGUUGUGAAAGUGUUUCAGCUGUGAUUAUUUAUUGUAGCAGUUUGAACUGCACAUGUGGCCCAACAUCUGCUGGAGGAGCUUUGAUUCUGUCGUCUCUGAUUUACUUUAAAAGAUCUGCGAUGUCUUUCUGCUUCUACAGAGACAAACAUCCAUGUUUAAUAAAGACACUGCUAGAAAUUGACGUUGUUCGAGUGUUUACAUUCAGCUGAAGAAUCACUGAAAAUCUGCUUAGUCAGCAUUUGAACUGGAGAAAAACCAAACGGCUUACAGCCAAUCAGAGUCCAGGACGGUGAGUUUAUAUUUGACUUUAAAUUAAACUAUUUAUCUACGGGAGGGUUUGGUUCAGGCUCCAGUAGCUGGUUCUAUUUUGGGUCCUGUUCCAAGUUGGUCAACUAUUUAGGUUUGUCUCAUAAAUCUCUUCUUUGAUGUUUUAGCUCCUCUCCUCCUUUUCCUCGCUGACGUCACACAUUUACAUAUUUAGUGCCGUGAAGUCGGACAUCUUCAGUGAUUGAUUAGUUCUGUUGCUCAUUGCUGACAACACGCGUUAAUUCAAUCAACGCAGCUUUAAAGGUUCUUAUAAGUCCACUUAAAGAAGGAAAUCUUAAUUUGAAUGUUUCUUAAAUCAUCCUGAUUAUAAAUAAUCAGCGUCUCCCAAACGUUUCACGCUGACUAAGGACGUUUGAGAUCCGGUAAAAGACGUGUUGCCUCUCGGAAGUUGCCGCCGAGUGUCGACCUCAACGACAGGAGCUCACCACAGCUGCAACUAAUCAUUCUUUUUAUUAUAUAUGAACUAUUUUCUUCUAUAAAAUAUCAGAGAAUAGUAAAAAAAAACAUCCCAGAGCCCAAGAUGUACGUCUCGUUUUGACCGAACCGUCCAAAAUCAAAAUAUAUUUUAUAUUUGAAAAGCUAAAAGAAGUACUUUUUGUUAAAUUUAGCUACAAUUUAUUUAAACUUAAGUUUGAAAAUCCCUGAAUGUGUAAAGAAGACAUUCAAAGAAAAAUGUGUUUUCAGUUAAAUCACUAAAUAUAAUUUAGUGUUUUUCUUAAAUACUCAUUGAACAUGUGUUCGGUCUCUACUGAAGCUAAGCUCAGGGCCUGGUUACAGCCCUGCUGGUUCUGGAUGAGUUGCCAGCUGCAUUCUGGGAAAUGCAGUCCGGUCUCUGGUCAACUCUCCUGGUCCGUUCUCAGAGAAGCUUUUCUGUGUAUUUAGAGAUUUCCUGCAGCUGAUUCAAGUGUUAAUAUUGUUGACACAGAAAAUAUGCCUUCUGAUAUUGGACCCCUGUGUGUGUGUGUUAGUGCUUCUAUUCCUGGGAGAGAUCUAAAUCUAUAUAAAAGAUGUAUACAUAUCCUGAUUGUACUUUUGUUGAUUUAUUGAUCAGAUAUGACACGAUUGUCGUCACUCGUCAUAUUUUUGUAGAAAAACUUCGAACGGAGGAAAUGCAGUGAACUUCCUGUUUGAAGGACAAAACGGAUGUUUGGACGACAUGAACCAACAGAAUGUACAAAUGUCUUCAUCUUUUGACGUUCGCUGUGGGAUCAAUAAUAACAAUGAUUCAUUGAUUCUGGUGGUUCUGUUUUUUUUGUGUCCUGUAUUUACUCUCACCACAUAAUUAACUUUUAGUGAUUUCUGGGAUGAACUUUUCCUUCUUUGAGCUUUAGAGGACAAUUUUAUGUUGAAACUUUAAUAUCGAAUUUUAAGCAAAUGAACAUUUCCUGCUGAGCAACAUGAAGCACAAUUAAAGUCAUAGUAUGGUGACAAUUUUGAUUUAUUAAAUUGUUUGGCAUACUAUGACUUUAAUUACAAUGUUGGUAACAGUAUAAUCCAUGUUUUUACAAUAAACUUUUUAUAUACAAGGACAAUUAAUGCAGUAGUGAAAAAAAGACAAACAAGUGAGAACCCACAGUGUAGAAACAUGAAUAAAAUAAACUCGAUUGACAACAAUACUGAAAAAAAUAUGAAAGUUAUUUACAAUAUAUCUUUUCUAAAGGAAGGCCGUAACAGCUGCGCAGGUAUUUCAAGGUUGUGUCCAUGGAAUGUGCAUAAAGUUCCAGGUACAUCCCGUGCUUGUGAGGUCUUUGGCAAUGAUUGAGCCCACGAAGCGAAAGGCAGUCGGGAUGGGUUCAUGAAAGGUGGAGCUUGAAAACAGUGUAAUAAAGUUCAGUGUGUAAAAAAAAAAAAAGUCAUAGUAAAGAAUGCUAAAAGGAAGUCAUGACAAAGUCACAGUACACAAUGUAAAAAAGUAAAAAAAAAAAAGUUAACAAAUAGACAUGAAUAUGAACAGCCAAUGUGAUAAUUCUUACAUUUCAUUUACAAAAUAAGUUAAAAAAAAAAAAAAUAUAUAUAUAUAUAUAAAUGUUAUAUUUUAAAUAAUUUCAAUUUUUCGCAAUACUAUUAACCAAUUCUGGUUCUCAAUAACAAGAAGCAUUGGCAUGGUUACCCAUCGGGACUAACAGAAGGCCCAACAUUCACUAACCGUAGGCUACGGGCUUCUUGCCCAAGGACACAUGUGGGAUGUACCCCCUGACCAGGUGAACCUGGGAUUGUACCGCUGAUGAUCUGAUUGAAGGACGACCCGCUCUCCACUGAGCCACAGUCGCUAUAGAGCCUCUGCUGGCUCCGGAGCCGGACCUGGAGGCACAUUACAUGGACUGAUUUCCUUGUUACUCAAAGAGGUUUCCCUGUUAAGCAGAGCUUGUUCCAGGUGAACCAGCCGGUGACGACCUGCAGCACAGAAAUGAUUGUAUACGUUACAUGAAGUUAACUUAAAUUAUUUUGGUGAUCCACACAAAAAUAUAUAAAUUAUUUGUACCUUUUAAAAGUCUGCUUUCAAACACGUACUAGUGGAUUGAACAGUUUCUCAUGAAGUCAUUUCAUCUUAAACCGGUGAAAACGUGUGCAGUUCACUUCUCGGGGAACGUACUUUUAUACGUUAGUAUUUAUGUGUCAAACGUCUCUGCUGUGCUGGUUAACUAGUCCUUUAAUCGUAGAACAGCAGAAACUCUACAUCUGUUCAUACUGAACCCUCUCUGUCUGAUGUACCUGCAUUCUGCAAUGUUUAGGUUGUACUGUGUGUUGUGGAUGAAUUCACUUAUUGUAAGUCUCUUUAGAUAAAAGCUAAAUGAAUCAUGUUCAAACAUAUACGACGAUCUCAGCAUCUACAGAAUUAUGAUAAACAUCCGAUUAAAACCUGCUGUUCCAUCAAAUGAAGCUAUUUGACUCUUAAAACUAAGACAAACUUAUGUUCUCCAACUAUAAAACAUGAUUAAGUAGUUUGUUAGUUGUUGCCAAUAUUUUAGCUGCUAUAUUGAGACCUGAAACAUUACAAGCACCACCAGAAGCAUUGAGCCGACACACUAUCAGAGCAUCUGUUGUGUUGAUGUCGGCACAUUAUGGACACACCGAUAGAAUAUUUUAUAUAAACUUACUGUUCUUGCGGCGUGUUGUGAUCCACUUCACAAAUACAAGCAGAGCUUGAACUGCAAGAACAAUGAGACCUCCUAAAGCAACUCCUAAAGCCAACCAUCCGAUGGCCACUUUGGUCGAUGAGUCUUCACACACUUUCUCUGGAACACGUCACAAAAAGAAAAUGUAACUGCAUCUCAUGUUCAGCACACAGACGACACA